GAGGACACGUUGUAGUGGAGCGGAGGUUUUUGAAAGAAGGCAUCUUUACGGACAGCUCCUCGGAUGUAAACACGGGUCCUUUGAAAUGUGCCGCAUGUUUUGGACGUCCUUGCUUCUUCCUGGCCGGGAAAAGAAGUCCUCCUGGUAGCCUAGAAAACACUCCUGCCUCCCUUGAAGGUGGUAAUUAAAUAAAGUGAUGUCCAGACCUGCUCCAUCCCCAAUCUACACCCUGAGGGGUGCAGGGGGGCCCAUCAACACCCUUCACUUCAGUUGCCAUGGAGAGGACACUCCUCUCCUCUUCUCUGGAUCAGGGAAAGGUGCCAUCCAUAUGUGGAAUCUCAGCAACAGGAGGGCAGAGAAAAUUGUAGACGGUCAUUCUGGGAGUUCUGUCAUCUGGGUCAACACACUAUCCUCCGCGGACACACUCAUUAGUCAGGGAAGAGACAUGAGGGUCUGUCUUUGGGACCUGGGCCGAGGUCGCGGUGAGAUUGUGGACUCUCUGAGUACAGGCAGCGUUGGAUUCUGUCAGUGCUCCUUGCUCGAGACAGGACCGAGGACUUGCCUGCUUGCCUUUGCAGGACAACAAACUGAGGAGAUCAAUAUUGUGGAGCUGCCCAGUAAGGCUCCAGUGUGCACCUUGGUACCCGAUGCCAAGUUGGGGAUGGUCAUGUGUGUCAAGAUGUGGCAGCGAUCGGCAGAAGGACGAAGGACUUCACCCGAUGCGUUUGGCGGCCCGGAGACGUAGGAAGUCAAG